AUGGCUGCCUUGAGAGUACAUAAAGUCAUUCACAGUGGGGAUCGUCCUCACAAAUGUGAAAUAUGCUAUAUGACAUUCACACAAAUGAGUAGCUUGAUUGUACAUAAACUCAUUCACAGUGGGGAACGACCUCACAAAUGUGAAACAUGCAAUAAGACAUUUGCUCGAGUGAAUACUUUGAAGAGACAUGUGCUUAUUCACACUGGAGAAAGGCCUCACAAAUGUGAAAUAUGCGAUAAGGCAUUCACACAAAUGGCCACUUUGAGAGCACAUGAAGUCAUUCACAGUGUGGAACGACCUCACAAAUGUGAAAUAUGCUCUAGGACAUUCACACAAGCGAGUAGCUUGAAAACUCAUAUGCCCGUUCACAGUGGGGUACGGCCCCAUAAGUGUUCAGUAUGUGAUAAAACAUUUGCACGGCCAGGCAUCCUGAAAAAGCACAUCGUUGUGCACAACAAAAAAUCUUUCAGAGCUCGCAGCCCAAACCUCCAGCUCCAAUCACCAGGAUUUUGCAAGAGUUCAUUAAAAACUGUAGAUUAUCAGACGAGGCUUCGAAUUCGGGGUGACAGAAGGGCCCUGGGCGCUCCAGAACCUUUCUGA